AUGAGUGCCAAGGGCAAGCGAACGAGGGGCGGCAAGAGAAAAGAUGAUGAUGAGUACCAGCCGGGCGAGUUCUCGCUCACCCCCGCGGCCACGCCCCCGCCCACUCGACGGCGCGCCUCCAGCAGAGCGGUGGCGCUGACGCCCAAGAUGAAGGACCGGGACAUGGACGCCAUCCAGGACAAGAAGCUCAUGCAGCACCUGGCCAACCUGGAGAAGGUAAACACCUCCCCGCCCACCUCUUCCCGAGGAUCGGCGUCGGACAACUUCGGGUUCACGGAAGAGGACGCUGCGCAAGCCACGGCCGAGGAAGAUGCCGAAGGGCCGUUCUCCAAGAAAAAGAAGCGACGAAAGUCAGGCCUGCGGCGGCUCCGUAAGUACAACUUCGAUCGAGUCUUGGAAGAGGAAGCCGAGCAGGACAAGGAUGCCGAGGUGAAUUACUUCUCCGUGCAGGCCGAACCCUCCCGCCUCCCGCCUCGCCACUUCUGCUCUGUGUGCGGAUACUUCGCCAACUACACGUGCACCAAGUGCCGGUCGCGGUUCUGCUGCGUGCGAUGCAAGGCCACGCACGAGGAACACCGCUGCCAGAAGUUCAAAGUCUGA